UGUUUCGGACUUCAACCGUUCAAGUUCAUGGUCAUCACCGGAGGAGCUUUAUCAGCGGUCUGGACUUUUUAGAGUUUUCCAGCCAGAACCUGUCUUCACUUCGGGUGCUGAUCCUAACAUCUGUGGACUGCAGCGGACUCCAGAAAGGUACAGAUCUGCCGUCGAACAGCUGGAGACAGAGGAUGCCUCGCAAGUACAAGGGAUAAAGUUCAGAUAUGGCUGAAUCAGAUACCAAAGAAGCUAAGUGAUGCUGUAGCAGCAGUGCUACCGGAUCUUCCUGAUCAAGUUAUCAAGUCAAUAGAAGAUACUUUGAAGGCACUUGGUGCAACAAGAACAGAUGAUUUACAGUACAUUACAGAGGGAGACUUGCUACCAGUAUUAAAGCCCAUACAAGCAAGACGACUGGUUACUGCCUGGGCCGAAAACGACUUAUCCACUCCAGCUCCAGCCCUGGCAUGUUCCUCUCCAGUGUCUCUCCUUUCCUCUCCCUCGCCAUCCUCAGUCACUGCCUCACCAGCAUCAUCCACAGCUACAUCAUCACCCUCAGGAAGCUGUUAUGCACUUGCGCCAAACUGGGUAGACCAUUUUCAGAUACCAUGGCAGAAGCUCCCUGAAGAGCUGGUACAGAGUUUGGAAAGACAGAAAAGGCCAAGUGCCCGACUACGACGAGAAAUGGUGAGGACUGUGGUCUCUGAGAUGAUGACUUGUAAGAAUCCAACCAAACACAAUACCACAGAGAUAGCAAAAAGGAUGGUGGCCAGGUAUCCAAAGUCUCUUCAAGAUGUGAUUUAUGGUGAUGUUAUUGGACACGGAUACCAUUCCCUGGUAAAGCAGCUCCAGUCAAGAGUUGAAAAUAUCAAACGACCUGACACACCAAAGAUAAACGCAAAGUAGCAUCAGAUGAUGACACCGAUGAAAUAUCUGCCAAACAAAGAGCAAGUGUUCAGGACACAUAUGGCUGUGUCAACUGGGAGCCGAAAAGUUUGCCACUCUCUGAGACUGUGGAGAGUCAGCUAGAAAAAAAAGACCAAAUGAAGAUGCUUGAAGAGAUGAACUACAAUUCAAAUGCUGUGAAAGAAUUCAUGAAGUCCACCUAUUUCACGCAGCGCAAAGAGGUCAAUAAAGGUGCAAGCAUCCAGAUAUUAUGCCAGGAAUGGCCAUUUUUGUUUAAGGAAGUCGGUAUGGCAGCACACUUCCAGGAACUGACUGGCAUGAGUUUGAUCGAGUCCUUCCUUGCCAAUGUGGACAAAAAGGGGGCACGUCUCCUAAACUUCUUCAAACGUGUUGAUGCACAUAAACGCAAACAAGUUCUGGAUGCUCUUCUCAAGCAGCAAACUGAAAGAGGUUAUUCGACUGGUUGCUCAGAAGAAGUCAUACAGAUGGUGCUUCUUUUACUGGCUCAUUUUAAUGAGAAGGAAGAGCAUCUGUUCCAUUUUGUCGAGAAGACAACCCUUGCUGAGGAGGUUCAGAUGGAGACUGUUCCACCAACACCCUGCCUUAUUGUGUGUGGGUCCUCCUGCUUUGCUGCUGAGACAUUUAUGUUGAGCAUCGACAAAGAGGUCAACAACCACAUCACUUCCUUCACAUCUGCUAUCUGCCUGAGGUUUGGCAGUUGCUACUGCUUCAACAUACACUACCCAGUAGAACUACGGUCUACACUGGAGUUCCUCCAACGGUGUUUCUUUUCAAUAAAUCCCGAGAAAGGCACCAAAGUCGAGUGGAAUAAGAAGAAGAAAGUGUUCUCAGUCAAUCCCAGAGUCCUCACUCUGAUCUCAGACCUUGCUGACCAUGGGUGGACCUACCAGUGAUGCUGAAGGAUGAUAUUAUAAAAGGUACACUGCAUGUUAUAUACACUGCAGAUAUUUUGAUGUUAGUGUUAAAUUUCUGAAAGUUUUACAAAAUGUAUAGUUUCACAAGGUAAACUGUCUGGUACAGUUUGUACAUGUUCGACUUUACUGCACUGGUUUUGUACUUUAAACAAGUUGAGUUAUACUUGCUAGUUCCAGGAUUGUCUUAAAAUGUGUAAGCAUCAGGGUGAGUAGAUAAUGAAGGAAUGCCCUUUUAAUGUGAACUAUUCACUUAAGUAAAAAUGAAAUAAUGCAUAAUUCAUAAUGAACUACUGCAUGCAAUAAUGAAGGACUCCUGAUUAAUUCCUUUUGAAAAACUUGUUUUUUCCAAAUGUAAUAGAUCAUCAAUCAAGGGUUGUUAGUUCAGUUACUUCAUAUGUUUAUUGAUAUUUGACAAGAUUAGCUUAAUUAUUUUCUCUUUUUGUUUUGUAUAAAAUUUUAUGGACCACAUCUUAAUUUCCCUUAAAACAUUUAAGGGAAUAGACCAUAUUUUGGGGGCGAUUUACAACACAGUGGUUGGAAUAUGUUAUGAUCAUAUAUUUUUAAGCUCAACAUUGUGUUGCAGACCGUGCCAAUAAAUGGUCGAUUGAGUGUAAAGGACACUCAUUCGCUAACAAAAUAAUACCAUCAGUUGUCCAUCAAAUUCUAUUAGGCCUAAUGCCAUAAAGAUGCAGGUGUUGUCCAUAAACCUUUAUACUACAGAAAUCAAGCUGAUCUCAUCAAAUAUCAAUUGACAUAUGAAAUACCUGUGAAUUAAUAAUCCUUAAUUGAUGAUCUAUUAAGUGUGAUCACAUAAAGUCAUAGUGACUUCAUAAUCUGUUAACUGUGAGCAACAUUAAAUAAUUAUCCAUCUUUUGGUAGUGCAUGUAGUAAUUCAUGAUGAAUUAUGCAUUAAACAUUCCUUAAGUACGACUUGUACCCAUCAAGUGAACUGUUACCUUUAUCAAUUCCUUAUAGUCAUAGAGAUAUUAUAUUCUUUAGCUUUAUGAUACAAGAUUUGAAACUUUUGCUCCCCUUCAAGGAUGAUUUUAUUUUGAUAAUGUGAAAAUGAAAUACUAUGUACACUGAUAUCAAUUUGUGGUUAGAUUUGUACCAGAAAAAUGCACUUAAAUGUUAUCAAAUUGAGUUUCAAGGAUUCUUGCCAAAUUGUCUGUUAAAAUUUGUAAGUAAAAGGUCUGUUCAGCUAUUACACUGUUUGAAAUUGAAACAGUUUCAAAGUGAACUUCUGAACAUUUUUUUACAUGAUGUUCUCAUUCAUAGAUAUCUUGUGAUAUGCAAAACUUCAAAUAUUUGUUACUUACAA